AUGACGAGACUUUUUGUGGGAAAUCUGCCUCCAAAGACCACUGAAGGAGACCUCUCAAAAGAAUUCAGUGCAUAUGGUGUGGUAUCAUCUGUUGACAUCAAAAUCAAGCAGAAUGCCAACAAUUCUUCCAAUAAAUUUGCUUUCGUCACAAUGGUCAUUGAGGAAUCCUUGGUUCAGCAAUGUAUCCAGGAGUUCAGAGAAAUGCCCUUCCAUGGGCACUACCUCACUGUAUCAGUGGCCAAGGAGAGUUUCCUGGAGAAGCUGAAGAGGGAACGAGAAGAGGCAGCAAAUGCAGAAGUUGAGAGUAAGCGCCCCAAAAAAGCUGAAGAUCAGGAAGAAUCUGAGGAGUUUGUCGUCCGGAAGAAUGCUUUUAAGUCAGAAAUGCAGGAUAAGCCUGCAGUGGACGAUGAAGAAACAUUUCUGGUGAAGAAACGUGGCCAGGGAGCUAGAAUGAUCAAUGGAAAGCUGAAGAUUUUAGGGGAUCCGGAAUAUGUGCCUAAUGACGAUAGUUUGAAGGAGAAACCAACAGAGCGAGAUUCACGGUCACUGCAGUCUGAGCAGAAACGCUUGGAAUCUUUGAAUAGGAAGAAAACAGCCUACAAUCAGCAGAAAUUUGCGAUAAAAGCUGCUCUGUCGAAUACACAGAAUGCCGAGAAGGGGAAGAAAAUCGUGUUUGGCGACACCGAGGAGACGAUAAAGCCCAUGAAGUUGCUGGAUGACGAUGAUGAUGACGAAGAGGUGGAUUUUUCCAUCAAACAGCAAUUUCAGGGGCAAUCUGGGCAGAAAUUGCUCAAUCUCCAGGCUAAAUUCCAAGGAGACAGGAGAUUUGCUCUCAGUGAGGAUUUCAAGGAGGAUGGCGAAGCUGAAGAUGUUACAGAGAAGAUUCCUGGUGAAUUUGACGAUGAAAAGAAGAAGCAACUGGAAAUUCUCGAAGGAGUCGUUGGGCAUUCCCUUGCCUCGACAAAACCCAAGCAAACUUUCCAGACAAUGCUGAGGUACGAUCCCACGAAGAAGGGACACGAGAAGUACCUCCGGAAAGAGAAUGACGAGGAAGGAGAAAGAAAGAAGGAAGUUAUGAGGAAAGAGGAACCCCCUGUGAAGGUGUCUUCAGAGAAAUUCUACAGAAUCAACACUUCAGGCAUUGGAGAAUCCCUGAAGAGCGGAAAUGAGGGUUUCAGUUUACUCAAAAUGCUGGGAAGAGAUUCAGAUCCGGCUGAAAGCAACCAUCAAGAAACUUAUGUGACGACAUCGCUUCCUUCAAAAGCCUCCUCUGGGAAACGCUUCAAGUACGACUCGUCGGAUGAGGAAGAUGGGAAGAAAAAGGCUGCCAAAGUUCCAGCAACUGCGUCAAGUAGCAAAACUUCUGGAAAGAAGAACAAACGAGGCCUUUUCAGGGAGAGUUUCUUCAUAAACACCGGAGAUUCCCGGCUUCAGGAAGGAGCUGCCUUCUUCCAAGCCCUGGAACCAAUUGGGGAGCAGUUCCAGGAGAAGAGGCAGCAGCUAAAGCAGAUUGUCUGGCGAAAAAUCAAAAAGAAUCAACUCAAAGACAAACAAAAGUUCCCCAGGAAAAAGUUUAUUAAUGGAAAAAUAAAGAAAAUUAUUAAAUAAAAUUUUACAGAGAGGUAACAA